GUGGGAACAUGAGGCUGUCGCUCGCAGCCGCAGUCUCCCACGGCCGCGUCUACCGCCGCUUGGGCCUCGGCCCGGAGUCUCGCAUCCACCUGCUGCGGAACUUGCUCACGGGCCUAGUGCGCCACGAACGCAUCGAGGCGUCAUGGGCACGCGUGGACGAAAUGAGGGGCUACGCGGAGAAGCUCAUCGACUAUGGAAAGCUGGGCGACACCAACGAACGAGCCAUGCGCAUGGCUGACUUCUGGCUCACGGAGAAGGACUUAAUCCCAAAGCUGUUUAAAGUACUAGCGCCUCGGUUCCAGGAUCAGAAUGGGGGCUACACAAGAAUGCUGCAGAUCCCAAAUAGUAAGGAGCAAGAUCGGGCCAAGAUGGCAGUGAUUGAAUAUAAAGGGAAUUGCCUCCCUCCCCUGCCUGUGCCUCGAAGAGACAGCAACCUUACUCUCCUAAACCAGCUGCUACUGGGACUGCAGCAGGACCUGCGCCAUAAACAGGAAGCAAAUCUCCACAGCUCCCACACGGCUCAAGCACCAAAGACUUAACUGGAGCUGCAAAGUACAUGGCUCUCAUGGGUGUGUUCACAAACCUGGCUCUCAUGGGUGUGUUCACAAACCUUGGAGCUCUUGUAAUGUGUGAGAACUGGAAGUAGCAUUGUAAAGUGGACGGUGGAAACCGGGGCCCAGACCAUUCUGCUGACUCGUGGUCCUCUCUAUGCACAGUAGAUAAAUUUUUGAUUGGAUUUAUGAAAUUGAUUUUUGUUUUCUUCCCCUAGGAUUUCUGGAAAGUGAGAGGCAUCCAGAUGCUCAGCCACCUAAAAUAGUAAAUUCACAGCUUGUGUUUCUGAGUCUUA